UUAAGUUUUACCCAGUUCCUGUUCAAAUUUUUGUGAAUCUGUAUUCAUGGAUACCUUCAUAUGUUGUUGCACCCCAUGCAAACCGCGAUAUCGACGACUUGUCGACGCCAUUUACCCGAGUUCAUUAACCGAAGGCUUGAUCAAUUCAAAUAUGCAAAAGCUAACGUUUUAUGCAAUAUCACGACCUGAAAAAUUAGACAGAAUUGGUGAAUAUAUUGUUUCGCGGUUAUCCAGAGAUCUGUAUCACCAAAGAUACAACCAAGUCAAGAUAUCCAUAGAAGCGAUGGAUCAGCUCCUACAAAGUUGUCACGAUUUAUCGAGUCUAAAUAAGUUUAUCGAACAUUUCCUCAAGAUGUUGCAGAAGCUGCUGGAGACGAAUCAUUUCCAAAUGGAGAAACUGGCAACAGAUUCAUUUGUGAAUUUUGCCAAUAUCGAAGAAAACACUCCCGCUUACCACCGAGAGUACGACUUCUUUAUUUCUAAAUUUGCAUCAAUGUGUCAUGCAAAUAACAAUGAAACUUCAAAAGAUGCACGAUAUGCGGGUUUACGUGGCUUAAGAGGUAUUAUGUGGAAAUUAACGACUGACCCAUUGCAAACUAGUGUAUGGGAAAGACAAUAUAUGGACAAAAUCAUCCCUUCAAUUCUGUUUAAUCUUCAAGAGGAUGAUUGCGAAGAAUCAAAGGAAAAAAGGAAUAAUCGAUUCUCAGUAAUCGACCAACCCUAUGCAAUGGAUGGUGUAGCAGAAAACCCGAAGGCGCUUGCUGAUCAAUUUAUACGAGAACUGAUGGCAAAAGCACCUUUCGGUUUGGUUUCUGUUUUGGAUCCAGUACUGAAACAUUGUGAUUUACAUACAAAAUGGGAGCCUCCGCCUAUAUUCGCGAUUUACAUAUUUCGUGCUAUUAUGUAUAGUGUCAAAGACCCGAGUUUUGUCAUUCAAGCUUUAAUAACUCAUUUGGAGAAUAUGUCAAAUUCGAAUGCAUCUGUUCGCAUUGGUAUCGCGACGGUUUUGUCGAGCAUUGUUUCCAUUGCAAGUACCAGUAUCGGACCAUCUUUAAUAGGUAUAUUCAAUUCUUUACUGAAGCACCUACGUCGAUCUGUUGAAUUUCAACAAACCGAAGAAUGCCCAUCUAUUGAUCAGGAAAAAAUAUAUCAGGAAUCGUUGAUUAAUGCUAUGGGUGACUAUGCAUACGCACUGCCUGACUAUCAAAAGGUGGAAAUUAUGCUUUUUAUAUCCGCUAACAUACCAAAUCUUGGAAAAGAUAGUCAAGCACUAAAACCGAGUGAUACUUUCCUGCAACAUAUACUAGUCAAAACACUUCUAAAGGUGGCAACUAAAUAUCGAACAGGUUUCAUGUCAACGAUAUUUAGUAAUAAUUUCCCAAACACACUGUUACGAUUAGCUUUAACUGGUGAUCCUAUCGUUCGUUUAGAUACGCAAUGCAUUUUCCAUACCUUGCUUGACAGGCAUGACAAUUUGUCGGUGUUGCGGCAUUUACCGUAUGUCAACGAUGUUGCUGAUUUGCACUUAACCUUCGAGAAAUGUAGUCGGUCGGAUGAAAUGAUUAUGCGAAAUUACGCACCUCACUUACUUAAUGCUCUUCAUAAAUGUGUUUGGUUGGUACCAGAAGAUGAGACGCAAGGAGAGCAUAUGGAUGCAAUUCUGUGCACAAUGGCUUUGUUGUGUAUUGAAGUUGGUUUUGAUGAAUAACCCGACAUUCCUAAUUCAAGGAGACCAACGCC